GAGGAAGUCGUCUUGGGGCUUAGAGGGCAGGUCGCAGUCUAGGGGUGCGGGGGAUGGCAGGGGCGGCGGGUGGCCGUCCAAGUCUGGAGCGGAUCAAGAGCCCCGACCGGGCGGUGUGCGGAGACCAGAGGCAGCUCUAGCCGCCCCACUCCUGCCUGCGGGCCGGCAGCCCCAGAGCAUCCCUCUGGGAAGGAGAGAGAGCCUGGUCACCCAGUGGCCCCGCUACCCCAAUGGAUCCACUGAACCUGACCUGGUACGAGGAUGACCUGGAGAGCCAGAACUGGAGCCGGCCCUUCAAUGGGUCCGAAGGCAAGGGCGACCGGCUUCACUACAACUAUUACGCCAUGCUGCUCACCCUCCUCAUCUUUAUCAUCGUCUUCGGCAAUGUGCUGGUGUGCAUGGCUGUGUCCCGUGAGAAGGCGCUGCAGACCACCACCAACUACCUGAUCGUCAGCCUCGCAGUGGCCGACCUCCUUGUCGCCACACUUGUCAUGCCCUGGGUUGUCUACAUGGAGGUGGUGGGUGAGUGGAAGUUUAGCAAGAUUCAUUGUGACAUCUUCAUCACCCUGGAUGUCAUGAUGUGCACAGCGAGCAUUCUGAACCUGUGCGCCAUCAGCAUAGACAGGUACACGGCCGUGGCCAUGCCCAUGCUCUACAACACACGCUACAGCUCCAAGCGUAGAGUCACUGUCAUGAUCGCCAUCGUCUGGGUCCUGUCCUUCACCAUCUCCUGUCCGCUGCUCUUCGGGCUGAACAACACAGACCAGAAUGAGUGCAUCAUUGCCAACCCCGCCUUCGUGGUCUACUCCUCCAUCGUCUCCUUCUACGUGCCCUUCAUCGUCACGCUGCUCGUCUACAUCAAGAUCUACAUGGUCCUCCGCAAGCGCCGCAAGCGGGUCAACACCAAGCGCAGCAGCCGCGCUUUCAGGGCCAACCUGAAGGCUCCGCUCAAGGGCAACUGCACUCACCCAGAGGACAUGAAACUCUGCACCGUUAUCAUGAAGUCUAAUGGGAGUUUCCCAGUGAACAGGAGGAGAAUGGAUGCUGCCCGCCGUGCCCAGGAGCUGGAGAUGGAGAUGCUGUCCAGCACCAGCCCUCCAGAGAGGACCCGGUACAGUCCCAUUCCACCCAGCCACCACCAGCUGACCCUCCCCGACCCAUCUCACCACGGCCUCCACAGCACUCCUGACAGCCCCGCCAAACCAGAGAAGAACGGGCACGCCAAAAACCACCCCAGGUUUGCCAGGUUCUUCGAGAUCCAGACGAUGCCCAAUGGCAAGACCCGGACCUCUCUCAAGAGCCUGAGCCGCAGGAAGCUGUCCCAGCAGAAGGAGAAGAAAGCCACUCAGAUGCUCGCCAUCGUGCUAGGCGUCUUCAUCAUCUGCUGGCUGCCCUUCUUCAUCACCCACAUCCUGAACAUACACUGUGACUGCAACAUCCCGCCUGUCCUGUAUAGCGCCUUCACGUGGCUGGGCUAUGUCAACAGCGCCGUCAACCCCAUCAUCUACACCACCUUCAACAUCGAGUUCCGCAAGGCCUUCAUGAAGAUCCUUCACUGCUGACCGUGCUGCCCGCCUGCCCAGCAGCCCGCUUCUCACAUCCCUGCCCGGGCCGGCCGGGCCUCAGGCCCUGGGCGCCAGGGGCAGGAGGGCACUGGGUGUUCGGCCCGUUCUCUGCCCUCACAGGCCCUGCAGUGUUAGCUUGGCACCAUGCCCCUCACUGCGCACUACGCCGUCUCUCUGCCAGGGGAGUGCUAGACAGCUGGGGCCCCCGACUUGGGUGCAGCUUGUGGAGUCCCCCCACCCUCACCCCCUGCCACACACAUACACACACACACACACACACACACACACACAAACACACACACGCAUCUCGGCUCCCUCUCCUUGGCACCAAAGAUGCAGCCACCUUCCUUGACCUUUCUCUGGGGCCCCGGAGUUGUGGGGCCCGAGUUAGGCCUCAGAGGCUGUUCUCUAUGGGGCGGAGCAUGGUCUUCACAGGCCUUUUCGGGAAGGUGGCAGAGGAACAGACCUUCACCCUGCAGAAGGCCCAGAGCAGAGAAGCCAGGGCCCUUGCCAAGGCCCCCGGAAACGCGAGUCCCGGGCGACUCUGUAAAUACCAGACAGCAGGAAGGACCCCAGAGAAGUUCAAGCCAAAAAUCUCUGCCCUCCCUGCCCCCCCAAUGACAGGAGCCCCCUUCACACUGCAGUGGGCCCCCAACCUGCCUCCCUGGAACUUGCUCCUGGUGAGUUUCCACAGCCCCGCAGGGGAGCCGCCCUGGUCUCAGAGCAUUUCAAGAGACUGUGGGGUGAGGACCCCCGCCCCCUAAUCUACCUGCCACGGCUGACGGACUUGGGCACCUCCUUUCUUGUAGCAGAUGCUGAGCCAGCCUCGGGAUAGGCGGGCGAGGCAGACUUGGGACCAUGUCUGGGGCGGGGUGUCUGGGCUUCUGUGGGGGCUGCCUCCUGCCACCCCGUGCCGCAAAACCACUUUCCUUUUCUAUGCCUUUGCCUCUUCUCUCUCCCGGGACCCUUUCCCUGCGCCUUAGAGGAGCCGCUGGCUCAGAGGUGGCUCUGACCACUAGGCCUGGCCUGGUCCUGUCCGAGGGAGGAGGGGAAACUUCAGCUUGGGGGUGGCCCCGGCCCCAGACUCUGUAACAUCACCACACAUGCUCCAAACCAAUAAAACGUUGACAAGA